AUGUCCAAACUACAAACAAAGAGAUCUGGGGACGGAGCUGAUUCUGGAAAGACCACCAAAUGGCAUUUUUUCAAUAACAUGAUGUUUAUCAAAGACCAGUUUAUUCCACGUAAAACUAGUGGUAAUAUCUCAGACGUUGAACAGCAUGUUCCCUCAGAGCUGAUUUUGUUGCCUGAAGUCACAUAUGACAACGAAAUAGAACUUCAAGAAUCAGCGGACAUAACAGAAACUGAAGAUUCCAGCAUUUUUUAUCCAUCAUCUAAUACCGAACAACCACCGUCAACAUCUGACAUCAGAUUACCCUCAAAAAGGAAGAGCUCAAAUCAAAAAGACAUUGCGCUGCAGAAAAUAAUGAAGCUAGAAGAAGAGAAGCUCAAGUUCUUCAAACAACGUACUCAAUCUCCCCAAGAUGAUGAUCACUUUUUUUGUUUAAGUCUUGCACCUUAUCUAAAGCAACUACCGAUCCACAGAAAAAUGAUUGUAAGGGCCAAAUUUAAUGAGAUUUUAGCCCACGAGUAUGAAUCACAGCAUAGCGGUAUGUACUACGAGCAGCAGUUACCUCUUAUCACCACACCGCCAUAUCACUCUACAGUAACAUCUUCGCCGUCUCAAAGUAUGCCUUUAAAUGAGCCAACUCAAAAGUUUAACAGUGGAAAUUCAACGACAGAACAUUAUUUUAAAAGUUUUCAGCACGAUCACACUUUUUGA